AAGUUGAAGAAAUCAUCAAAAAAAAUUUGUCUGAAAACAACGACGAUCCUUUCUUUAUUUUAAAUCCUGGAGAUGUGGAAAGAAAGUUAAACAUUUGGAGAAUUAAAGUUCCAAAAGUUACCCCGUUUUUUUGCUGUUAAAUGCAACGAUAAUGAGCAUGUAUUGGAACCAUUGGUGAAUCUAGGUGCCGGAUUUGAUUGUGCAUCAAAAAAGGAAAUCUUACAAAUGCUUAACUAUAAAGUAGAUCCAAAAAUGAUUAUUUAUGCAAACACGGUUAAGCAAGUGUCUCAUUUAAAGCUUGCAGCUGAAAAAGGGAUUCAAAAAGUCACUUUUGAUUGUGCUGCUGAACUUGAGAAAAUCAAAAAACAUCAUCCAACUGCAGAAGUUGUUUUGAGAAUCAGAUUUGAUGCCGCAACAUCCACUCUCAGUUUGGGAGAAAAGUACGGUUGUAAUCCAGUCACUGAAGCACCAAAAUUGAUAAAUCUUUGUAAAGAUAUGAACAUGAACUUGAUUGGAAUCUCAUUUCAUGUUGGAACUGCUGCAACUGAUUGUACAGUUUUUGAGAAAGCUUUGGAUGCUGUUGGUAAUUUGUUUGAUUACGCUGAGACAAUAAACAUGAGAUUGAAGUUUAUUGAUAUCGGAGGUGGAUUUAUUGGAAGUGAUAUGAAGCUGUUUGAUAAAAUUUCAGAAUCAAUCAAUUCAGCAAUUGAGAGAAAUUUCCAAUCAAAUGAUAUUGAAUUUAUAGCUGAACCAGGAAGAUAUUUUGUGGACACAGCAUUUUCAUUAGCAGCACAAGUAAUUUUGAAAAGACAAUCUGAAGAUGGGAAAAUGUUUUACUUCCUAAAUGAGAGCUAUUACAUGUCUUUCCUUAUUAUGUUGCAAAUCAAUAUGAAGCUUGAAUUUUCAACAAUCAAACUGUCAAAAACCUUAAGAGAAGCAACAAAAAAGCUUUCAACCAUUUGGGGAUGUACUUGUAGUUCACUAGAUAAAAUAAUAGCAGAUAUAGAAAUGCCUGAAAUUGACAUUGGCGAUUGGAUAGUUUUCCAUAAUAUGGGAGCUUAUACAAUGUCAGCUACGACAAACUUUAAUGGAUUUUGUAACAAGAAUCUUUUCAUGUUGAAUAUAGAAUAA